UUAAAAGGAGCGGCAGACUUUGAGUAAGACACUCCUCGCCUGCAGAGUCAGCCAGCUCACCCUCACAGCCAACAUGACGUUCAACGGCACCUGGAAAGUUGAUCGCAAUGACAACUAUGAGAAAUUCAUGGAAAAGAUGGGAAUUAACAUGGUGAAGAGGAAGCUGGCUUCUCACGACGGGCUCAAAAUAACAAUCGAACAGAAUGGAGACAAGUUUCAUGUCAAGGAGAGCAGCAAUUUCCGUACCCUGGAAAUCGACUUCACCCUGGGGGUCACCUUUGAGUACAGCCUUGCAGAUGGAACAGAACUAUCAGGCUCAUGGGCGAUGGAGGGAGACAUGAUGAAGGGAACUUUCAACAGGAAGGACAAUGGAAAGCUACUGACAACAACCAGGAUUGUGCAAAAUGAUGAACUUAUACAGAGCUACAAUUAUGAAGGUGUGGACGCAAAGAGGAUUUUCAAGAAGGAACAUUAAAGCGAGAGCCUUAUCUUCAGGAUAACAUACAGUAUUGUGUUGAAUUAUACCACUGCAACCAUAACAUAUGCACUACGUGUAAUGCCUGUACAGCGUAUUAAACAUUUUUGCAUGGCACAGGAUUUUUAUACUCGCAGUAAUAAAGUCAUUAUGUAACAGCC